AUGCUCACAGAAUCUAUGCCCAAUGACACUGCCUUCCACCCAUCUACCUUCAUCCUAUUGGGCAUCCCAGGAAUGCAGGAUCAACACAUCUGGAUCUCCAUUCCCUUCUGCUCCAUGUAUAUCCUUGCCCUCGUAGGUAAUGGUACCAUUCUCUUUAUUAUUAUAACAGACAAGACUCUACAUGAACCCAUGUACCUCUUCCUCUGCCUGCUCUCUGUCACUGAUCUGGUUCUCUGCUCCACCACUCUGCCUAAGAUGUUGGCCAUCUUCUGGUUGGAUGCCCACACCAUCUCCUUUCAUGGUUGCCUCACCCAGAUGUUCUUUGUCCAUGCCGUCUUUGCCACUGAAUCAGCAAUCCUGCUAGCCAUGGCUUUUGACCGCUAUGUGGCUAUCUGUCGCCCACUGCACUACACCUCCAUUCUCAAUGCCAGUGUCAUUGGGAGGAUUGGGGCAGCAUGUGUUGCCCGGGGCCUUCUCUUUGUCUUCCCUUUUAUUAUACUCAUUAAGCGUCUCCCUUUCUGUGGGCGCCAUGUCCUUGCCCAUACUUACUGUGAGCACAUGGGCAUUGCCAAGCUAGCCUGCACCAGCAUUAAACCCAACACCAUCUAUGGACUCACAGUGGCACUGUCAGUCACUGGAAUGGAUGUAGUGCUCAUUGCAGCCUCCUAUGUUCUUAUUCUCCGUGCUGUGCUGAGCCUGCCAUCCCAGGAUGCCCAGCUUCGAGCCUUCAGCACUUGUGGAGCCCAUGUCUGUGUCAUUCUUGUCUUCUAUAUCCCUGCCUUCUUUUCCUUUUUCACCCACCGCUUUGGCCGUCAUGUACCCCCACAGGCCCACAUCAUUCUCGCUAACCUCUACCUCCUCGUGCCCCCAGUUCUUAACCCACUCGUGUAUGGCAUCAACACCAAGCAGAUCCGUACUCGGAUCCUAGGACUAGAUCUAAGAAGGAGGUAG